ACAGAAAAAGUUUACUAACGUCAACGGCUGCUUCUAAUUUACUACAGUUGAGAAACGACUCCGAUGGUUACGCCCACCACGUGAGCUUGACCUAGCCAUAUGCGCAGUCGCUCGCCUAGGGGUAAAUCUUAGAAGAUGGCUGCUGGAGGAUUAGAUGCUCGGUUUGUAGAUCGACUAUCAGAGAGACACACAUGUCCAGUAUGUCUUGUCGCAUUGAGAGAACCAAUGAUGACUAAAUGUGGCCAUUUGAUUUGUAACGACUGUGUGAGGCCCUUGGCAAGGCGUGGCCGCGUUGUGUGUCCUCUGUGUAGAGAGGAACAGAAUGAAUCAGAAAUCUAUCCAAACAACUAUGAUAAAAGAGAAAUAAUGAGUCUGAAGAUCUACUGUGAUCAACAAGAGAAGGGAUGUGGAUGGAAAGGAGAACUAAGGGAGAGAGAAACACACAACGAGACUUGUGGGUAUGUUGAUGUUCUAUGCAAACAUGAAUGUGGAGAAAUGGUGAUGAAAAAAGAUAUGGAAAGUCAUAUGAAGAAAACGUGCAUGAACAGGAAAGUUGAAUGUAGGUACUGUAACACCAUAGUGACAUUCAAAUAUCUGAAUGAUUACCAUACAAAAUGUGAGAUGUUUCCAGUUGCAUGUGAAUAUUGUAAACAACAAGUGGUGAGAGGAGAGAUGAAUGAACAUGUCAGUAAGGAUGGGACAUGCCCUAACAGACCAUUAGAAUGUGAAUUUAGUGAGGCAGGUUGCCAGUUUAUUGGCAAUAGAAAUGAAAUGACAAUUCAUGUUCAAAAUGAGCUUGCAUCUCAUCUUAGUCUUUUGAUGAAACAACAGUCCAAUACCAAGUCAUUACUUUCAUCCACAAGAGCUUGUCUUGCUAAAAGGGAAUGUGAACUUGAAUUCAUUACCAAGAAGGUUGGAAUCCAAGGCUCCGUUUCUCAACUUGACAUAUGUGUCUUUGAGUGGAAUAUAACCAAUUGGUUAGACUGCAGGAAGAAAGCAGAGUUGAAACCAUGCUUUAUGAUAGAGUCAAAGUCAUUUUACACAGGACCACAAGGAUACCAUUUAUGUCUUUUGCUUUAUCCAAUGGGUUAUGGUCGCUAUAAAGGAUCUCAUGUCUCUGUGGAUGCAUGUGUGUGUAAGGGAGAUUAUGAUGAUCAACUUCCUAAGAAACAGCACUGCAAGUUUUCAUUCACAUUAAUAGACCAACAACCUGAUGCAAUAAAUGUGGUUGUAAGACGAGAGAAAACUGUUGAGCUUGUCCCUGAGGAAUUUUUUGAUGCAACCGAUGACUUUAUAACUCACGGAAAAUUGAAUUCACGAUCCUACAUUCAGAAUAAUGAAAUAUUUAUUCAGUUUUGUCUUCAACUCAAUGUGCUCUAACUUUAAUGCAAAAUUGACUCUUUUAUAAGACUGUGUUGGAGAGCACACGAGUAAUGGAUUGUUUUUGCUACAAAGACUUGCUGUCUCUAUAUGUUGUGUGUACUGUAGUGUUACA